AUGGCUUCUAUGGAUAUUCCCCCUUCUUCUCAACAAGUGGCUUCAAAUGGGACAGAGCGUCACUUUGAAAAUAUUGUAGGUGCUCCUGGUAGCACAAACUGCAAAUAUGAGAAAGUUCGCAUUCUUGGAUGUGGAACAUUUGGUGAGGCGUGGCUUGUUCGCCGAGUAUCUGAUGGUCAAUUACUUGUGGCUAAGCAGAUGGAGUUGUCAUCCAUGUCGGACAAGGAUAAGAAAUAUUUGGCAGGAGAAAUCCAAUGCCUCGCAUCCUGUGAUCAUUUCGCAAUUGUAAAAUAUAUUGAGGAUUUCAAUGAGGGUGAUCACAUGCUUAUUAUAAUGGAAUUCGCAGAUGCCGGUGAUCUGAAUGCUCAGAUUAAACAAAGAGAACGUGAUGGAAUGCACUACUUUGAAGAACAUGAAGUGGGAUACACCUUUGCCCAAAUCGCAUUGGCAUUGGAACAUAUUCACCGUCGCCGCAUGUUACACCGUGAUGUGAAGGGAGCCAAUGUGAUGCUCAUGACGAAUGGAAUUGUCAAACUUGGCGACUUUGGCUUUAGCCACAAGUACGAGGUCACCGUGUCGGAAGAAGUCGCCCAGACCUUCUGUGGCACUCCCUACUAUCUCUCACCUGAGCUUUGGCGUUGCCAGCGGUACAGUAAGAAGGCAGAUGUGUGGGCGCUUGGGAUUCUUCUUUACGAGAUGAUGGCCCUUCGUCGCCCUUUUGUGGGAAAAGGCAUGCGGCCGCUGAUGGAGUCGGUGCUCUCCGGCCGUGUUUCCGUUCCGCUGCCGGAGCGGUACAGUCCGGAGCUGCGGGGUGUUUGCAUGGAGUUACUGCGGCCAGACCCGAAUAUGCGACCAUCAUUGGAGCAGCUGUGCAAGAUGCCACAUAUGAUCAGAUUGCUGAAGGAUUUCAGGUACAGUGUGUCGGCAUCCCCACACAUUACGGAUGAGUUAAAGGAACAGAUAUUUAAUAAUGUAGAUGAAGUUCUUGAUGAUAACAGUAUUCCAGCAAGUGUUGGCAAGGUUGGGGAAAUCUGCGAGUCUGUAUAUCAUGAGGGUGAGGUUCGUAAAGAGAGUGAUAAUGAAUGGAAAAAACGAUUUCUUGUGUUAAGGAAUGGUCAACUUGUGAUUAGUAGACGCAAGGGUGAUCGUGAGGCAAAACCCCUCUCACUAGACGCCGUUGCAAGUGUUGUGCCAGUUCCCGUGCAUACAUCAAAGGUGGAUGCGGUGUUUGCGAUUAACCUGCGAGAUCAACGCCCACUGUGGUUCCAGGCUCCAAGCCGCAAGGAGGCAGAUGAGUGGAUUCACAAGAUCCAGCAAUCAAUGGGAGUGGCGUGA